GAAUCAACUAGAAUUCUAUACAAUCGCUUCUUACAUCAUAGAAAUGGGUCAUUCGGUUUCUUCCAUUGAGCUUCUUUCUAUUGUGCUGCUGGUUUCAAGGAUUUUGCACCCCAAAACCAUCAGCUUUGCUUUUUGCCAGAGUGAUGUUAAUGUCAAUUGCAUUCCAUCUGAGAGGGAAGCACUCAUCGAGUUCAAAGGCGGUCUGACAGAUCCUUCCAAUCAGCUCUCAUCCUGGGUUGGAAAAGAUUGUUGCAAAUGGACAGGAGUGAGCUGCAACAACAGAACCGGUCAUGUUUUCAUGCUCAACCUCCGGAACUCAAAUGCAGAUGACCUUGAAGGCAAUGGAGCUAUGGAUGCAUUGGGUGGUGAGAUCAAGCCUUCUCUUCUUCACUUGAAUGAUCUGAAUUACUUGGACUUGAGCGGGAAUAAUUUUGGAGGUAUCCCUAUUCCUGACUUCAUUGGAUCACUAAGAAAGUUGAAGUAUCUCAACCUUUCUGGUGCAUCUCUUAGUGGAGUUAUACCUCCUAGUUUUGGAAACCUCUCAAACUUGAAUUUUCUCGAUCUUGACAACGAUCUUGGUGAAUCAAAUGAAAGUGAUCUCAGAUGGCUUUCCCAUCUUUCUUCUUUGAAAUAUCUCAAUUUGAAAGGUUUUGAUCUGAUCAAGGCCUCAGGAUAUUGGCUUGAAGCUGUUAAUGUGCUGCCUUCUCUUAAGGAGUUGCAUCUGCCCAGCUGUAGACUUUCCAAUCUACCCAGCACUUUUCCGUUCAUUAACUUCACAUCUCUUCAGGUUCUUGACCUCUCCAAUAAUGGCUUCAACUCCGCAAUCCCAUAUUGGUUAUUCAACAUCAGCAGCCUUAAAUAUCUUGAUCUCAGCUCCAACAAUCUCGAAGGUCAACUUCCAGCAUUUGAAAGCAUGAAAAGUAUGAGGAAAUGCAAUAGCAGCAGCUUAGAGACAUUGGAUUUGGGAUACAACGAAUUUACUGGCAAGCUCCCUAGUUCCUUGGGAUAUCUCAAGAACUUGAGAAACCUUCAACUUUGGCAUAACUCAUUUCAAGGUUCAAUUCCAGCAUCAAUUGGAAAUUUGUCAUCAUUGGAGCAGUUCUAUCUUGGGGAUAAUAAAAUGAAUGGUCUUACAGAAAGUUUGGGGCUACUCUCAGCACUGGUAUAUUUGGAUCUCUCUGAGAACCCUUGGGAAGGUGUCGUCACUGAAACUCACUUUGUGAAUCUCUCAAGCCUUAAAGAGUUAAAUUUCAACCAAAACUCCCUAAAUGUUUCUCUGGUUUUCAACUUCAGUUCAGAUUGGCUUCCUCCUUUUAAACUCAGGAUCUCCGACACCUUUCCAGAUUGGUUUUGGGGGUUGAAUUUGCAGGUAGAUGAGCUAGAUGUUGGUUCUAAUCAGCUCAGUGGAAAGGUACCAAACUCCUUAAGCUUCCGAGAGUCUUCAACUGUUGAUUUGAGUUCAAAUCUCUUCGUUGGUGCCCUCCCACUCUGGCCAUCCAAUGUUACCAAGCUGUAUUUGAAUGAUAAUCUCUUUUCUGGAGCCAUCCCGGGUGACAUUGGUGAAGUAAUGCCCUCUCUGACUGAUUUAGAUGUCUCUAGGAACUCUUUAGAUGGUAGAAUUCCCUUGUCCAUAGGCAAUCUAAUAGAACUGGUAACCUUGGUUAUCUCAAACAACAAUCUGUCCGGUGAAAUUCCUGAGUUUUUUAGCCAUCUAAGCAUGUUAUGGAUAAUAGAUAUGUCCAACAAUAGUCUUUCUGGUCCAAUUCCAAGGUCAAUAGGUUCUCUUAGCUUCCUCAAAUUCUUGAUACUGAAUGAGAACAAUCUGUCUGGCCGAAUACCUCCUACCUUACAGAACUGCACUCUCAUGGACAGUCUUGAUCUUGGUGAGAACAGACUAUCAGGAAACCUUCCAUCUUGGAUUGCAAAAAGCAUGACAUCUUUGUUGACUUUACGCUUGCGAUCCAACUCACUUGUUGGAAAAAUCCCUUCUGACAUCUGUGGCCUUUCAACUCUACACUUAUUGGACCUUUCACACAACAAUCUAUCCGGGUUUAUUCCUCCAUGCAUAGGGAACUUGAGUGGCAUGAGUUUCGCACUAGAUAACAUCACGGAGAGAUAUGAGGGACAAAUGAGUGUGGUGACAAAGGGAAGACAAUUAGAAUAUAUGAAUACUCUUUUCCUCGUCAACAGUCUAGAUCUGUCAAGCAACAAUCUAUCAGGAGACUUACCGGGACAAUACCUAGACAAAUAGGUGACUUGAAACAAUUAGAAACCCUUGACUUGUCAAGAAACAAGCUUUCUGGCCCAAUUCCAGCAUCCAUGUCUUCUCUUACAUUUCUGAAUCACCUGAACUUGUCAUACAAUAACUUGUCAGGACAAAUCCCAACAACCAACCAGUUCCAAACCUUCAAUGAUCCUUCAAUUUAUGAGGGCAAUCCAGCACUC